AAGAGAGAGAGAGGGGGGGAGAGAGAGAGUCUGCUGUGGUGGUGUUGGGAAUCGGACGACAUGAGCUCUACAUGAAACGAGUAAAAUGCUCUAAGACGCUUUCGGCGUUUGUCUUUCAUCCUUCCGAACCAAGGACGAGCCAGAAGCGGAGCCGUUCUUCACGAUCAGGUGUAAGACUAUCUUAAACCCGAGGGGACAGAAUGCCAGAACAGAGCAACGACUAUCGUGUGGUGGUGUUCGGUGCUGGGGGAGUGGGGAAGAGCUCCCUGGUUCUGCGCUUUGUGAAAGGCACAUUCAGGGACACCUACAUCCCCACGGUGGAGGACACCUAUCGCCAGGUGAUCAGCUGUGACAAGAGCGUGUGCACCCUCCAGAUCACAGACACAACAGGCAGUCACCAGUUCCCUGCCAUGCAGCGCCUUUCCAUCUCUAAAGGCCACGCCUUCAUCCUGGUCUACUCGAUCACAAGCAGACAGUCCCUGGAGGAGCUCAAACCCAUUUACCAACAGGUCCUGGCUAUAAAGGGCAAUGUUGAGGCUAUCCCAAUCAUGCUUGUGGGAAAUAAAAGUGAUGAGACCCAGCGAGAGGUGGAAACCAAGGACGGAGAGGCCCAGGCCAACCAGUGGAAGUGCGCCUUCAUGGAGACAUCAGCUAAGACCAACCACAACGUAACCGAGCUCUUUCAAGAGCUACUCAACCUGGACAAGAAGAGGAACAUGAGCCUCAACAUCGACGGCAAGCGCUCUGGGAAGCAAUCCCGUGCCGAGAGACUGAAGGGCAAAUGCAGCGUGAUGUAAAAUCCAAGAGAGGAAAGGAAAGGGAGGUGGAGGAGAGAGAGGGAGAUGAAAUACGGAGAAGUAAAGAAGGAGGACGCCAGACACCAAACGUAUCAUCCAGAGCAACAAGGUUUUUGACGGCAGCGGGGUUCUCAUCAUCGACACGCUCCUCACAAACACAACUUACAUACAGGAAACGUUUCAGUUCGGAGCAUAAAUCCAUGCACAUCCUGCUUAACAGAGAAACAGAUGAGUGGGAUUGAGAUGACAAGUAGUGUGUGACACAGAUGAAUACAGAAAUGGCAGGGGUGUGGACUUUGUAUCCUCCAAGUGUCACAAAAACCUGGAUGGAGCACUCUUCGAGAACUUGAAUGAAAGUACUGACCACGAAGACCAGAAGUCCAUAAAAACACAGAAGGUUUCUGAUCAGUGCAAAACCUUAAAUAUCUUCUCUCACUUCUGCACCUCCCUGCUCAGCUCACACUUCACCCUUCUCAUCUUUUUCAUACCCUCUAUUAUAUCAACUGUAGAGAAACGUAAUGUACAAGUAAGCGAGUUCCAAAGCUCACUCAUCUGGUAGAGACCCUGUUGUAAGUGACUGAGGUGUCUAUCAUGCUAGUACACAGAGGACUCAAAAGUUUGACACUGCUAGCAUGAAGCAUACAGCAGCAAAACACAUGACCCAGCCACACCCCAAGGACUUUGAUGUAUAUAAAUGGGAUAUUUAGAUAUAUUCCAUCCAGUCUGCACAUCCUCAGCCCCAACUAGUAUAUGAUAUUGACUCAAGUUUGAUGCUCUGAAGCUCAAUUUUCAAUUGCCAUUGUCAUAUGAAAACACUUCUUUGCGUUUAUCCCCCAAAUCCUUAUGGUAAAAGGUCAUCUAUGAACCCUCGAAAUGUCCUCAUCUGAUGUGGAGAAACAUCCAGCGGCAGGGGCUUCACGCAUGCCAUUGAUACGACGCAGCAAUCCUUUUAAAACUCUCAUCAAGUGUAGAGUAACUCUGGCUGAAAGGAAGCUGGACUCUCAUUAAAACAUGAAACAGAAAUACGAGUCUGCCUUGCCUACGAGGUUAAUACACUUAGAUAAUCAUUGCCAAGCUGGUAAGAUGAAAGAGAACUUUUGGUUCUGAGAAUGUCAGUUUGCUUUGGCACUUUUCAUGUGAGAGUUUCUCUUUUUGCCUUUUUUUCUAGUUUUCUUUAUGAUGCUCUUAUAAAGUUACAUUUAAACACAUCUCCUUUAACAAAAAGCACACAGGGGAGAAAAAGGGGAGGGUGGAUCUUUCAAGCUCCAUGCAGAUUAUCCAAUGCACCCUGAUGCAUCUCCGUACACUCAUCACCUGUAAUUCCAGGCAUCAGGAAACAGAAUGGGUCACAGAGAUGUGCAGACACAACACGCACAUGAUGCAUCCAUGCAAAAAGAAAAGAAACACACACACAUUUAGCUCUCUGAUAGUCAAUCUGAGUAACAUCGUUGACUGAGUACAUGAAGAAGAACAGGGCUCACUCAGCCUAAAUGCCCUCACAUUGCACUUUAUAUCACCACACACAAUUUUAUUUGCCAUGUUUCCGCCUACAUGUGUAUUAAUAAUUAUCUCUGUUGUGCUGUAUGUCCAAAGUGCAUAUAUAUAUAUAUAUAUAUAUAUAUAUAUAUAUAUAUAUAUAUAUAUAUAUAUAUAUAUAUAUAUAUAUAUACCCUUUUUUUCAUGUAGGACCUCUAAAAUUGUACACAGUGUAUACAGAGCAGCCAAAAGCACAAUACUUUUUUCCAACAUAUCUAAUUCUAUUUUUUUGUUUGUUCUUUUAUUGUAUUUGUGUGCAGUUUCCAUCCUUAGCUUUCAUUCACCAGUCCUGAACAUGGAUUGCAUAGGUAGCAUGAUCACAGGUAGCUCUCUGUCUUGAUGUAUGGCGCUUUAUUUUGUCUGGUUCUUGGCACAAUGAGGUUGUGGUUCUGCUGAACAACAGGGUAUUGUGAUGUGACCGGUUAGCUGUGGACACAAAGAGCGUAAACGUUAUGUAACAUCAACCCCCACACCACCCCCACAGGAUCACAGGUUGUGGGACGACGAUGAGGGGUCAGAUUAUUUGUCUACUUUUCUCCAUCUCUCAGGCGGUUUUGACAACAAUUAGCGUGGCGGAUAAUCUGCUCCUGUACUGUUAAACCCAAAGACACAGAUGAUAACCCCUUUUAACUGUGUGUUCAUUUCUCAAGAAAAAAGGAAGAAAAAAGAGAAAAAGCACAGCAACUAGUCUCGUCUGUCUCCUUCUCUGUCUUUAUGUGUGCAGCAGGAUCAACAACUGGGCACUUUAGGGUGACAUUUUACUUGAAGACUUGCUUAUUAAUCAUUCAUAAGCACCGUGUAAAAUGUCCUACCUUUAUCAUUCAUGCCCACAAACCAAUAUAAAAUGAUUUCAGACGUGUAGAUAAGCAGAUGGAAGUUCACCGAAAUGUUCACAAGAGCUUCAAGUAAGAUGUUACCCAUGUAAAGAAAUACUGUACCCACUGUCUUUCUGGGAAAUGUUGUUACAGUAGAAGGUUCAGUGUUGCUAUGUACUGUAAUAUACGGCUUAAUAACGAUACUCAUGAUCUAUUGUAUUUGACGCAUCCACUCUUCAGAUCUAUCAAUUAGAUAGCACUAGCAAAAUGUGAAUAUGUAACUAAAAGUUCCACUCCAGGCUGUAAUUUUGUUUUUCUGUUUAUUUUGAAAGCUGAAUGAAUCUGUUGUUAUUACUGUGUUGUACUUUGCACUAAUGUGAGGUCCUGUUAAACCCAAACAUUUAUAUUGUAAACAUACCCUUUACUUGUUAGAUGCCAGGGAUGCUCACUUGUACUCUCUUAUUUUCUUUUUUGAAAAUCUGUUUAAAUUCCAAAAACAAAAUGUGUAAAACAGAUAUAUAAGUUGUAUUUUAAUCACUUUCUUUUCUUUCUUUUUUUAAUUAAUUCAUUUAUUUUUAACCUGCUCUAUAUAGAUAGAGUGCAAUCUACAGGUUGUGGCCAUUUGACGAGCUAAAAUUUGAAAAAGAGAACCUUAAAAAUCGCCUGCAAUGAUUUUCAGACUGAGUUCUUUUCUGGUCUGACGCAAAGCCACCGGCAGUGGUGCACAUGCUGCAUAAAUAUCAGUUUGACACGUCUGGUUGCUUCACGCAAAUGCCAGAUUGUGUGCGCAUGUUUGUGCAAACUGUGGUUCUGCUGACGUUAACAGGAGACUGUCAUUGUUCAUGUUCUUGCAUGGAAUAUGAUACAACAGGGAAGGAAAAACAACAAUGAGGCAGCGUGAGAGAGCACUAUGGACAACAGGCUGGAGCGAGGGGGGGGCAGCUGUGCUAUUAAUAGACAUAGAGCGAAUAUAGGAAGUUCAACUGCACUAGCUGUGGCCUGUAUAAGAAUCGUUCGAGCCUUCAUGUGGGAGCCUUGGAAAGAAGAUGGUGUGCAUGUGGAGUGUGUGAGCUAUUGAGUUUGUGGACUGUGUGAGUUAAGUGCUCGCAAGAAUCAGGACAGACACUUCUGCCCCUGUCCCUCCAUGGCGCGUCUCAUCUCAUUUAUCCAUGAACCAUGUUCCCUGUUCUGUGUGUUUAACCGGGAGUGCAUUCAUGUACAUGCACAUCCAUCCACCUUAAUUUAUAUAUUUUUUUUCAUGUUAAUUCACUCUGGCCUGCACGGGUGUGUAUGUGUGCGUGCUUGUGUUGUUGUUGCUGUUGUACAAUCUCAUGAAGUGUCUGUCAGAUGUUUGCAGCUUUCCCGUGGAGAGUGCCUACACAUUCUGCAUGAGUCAUCCUGCACAACACACACACCCCUAUACGCACACACACUAGUAUAUAAAUCAGGCAUGGAGCUGAAAUAGAAUGACUGCAUGCCCUCGGUUGCACACACACACACACACACACACGUACACACAUAUUACAUUCACACAGGCCUUGUCAGUGAAACAUCAUUCGCUCUCUGGCUGUUUUCCGCUGUUGUACGGUCACUUCUGUCAGCAUUACUUCUGCACAAAUCCGCAUAAAUUGUGAGCCGUUUUCAUAUUCAUUCUGCAUGUUUCUGCUUGCCGUUUGCACUUGAACAUACUGAAAACCAACCCUCCUCGCAUCUGAUUGUAGAUAGCUGUAAAUAUUGUUCAAAGGUUUCAGAGAAGCGAAGGGAGAGCGUGCAGAUAAAAGAUGCUGUGGUAGGAGCACGCAGCCUCCUGCGCAUUCUUUGUAUAGUCAAAACCUCCAAUCAGAAGUAGGACAGUUAAAGUUUUCUUCAUGUGAAAGCUUUAUGUUGGGCUUUUUUUUGUAUGCUGUAGCAAGAGAAGCACUAACUUACUUUAAAGGAGGAACUCUAUGGAGACCAGCUAUGUUAAAGGUGACUAAAUGAUAAGUUAUAAAAUGAAUAAUCAUACGACUGGAUGCAGAAAGAUGUAAUUGAACCAUGAAAUUGUGGAACUUGGUGGAUAUUUUAAAUUCAGAAUCAUUUUUGCAAUUCCACACUCUUCUUUAAUUAAAAAAUGCUGCAGGUAUUUUCAUUAAAAUGUUACUUGUGCGAUGAUAUUUUCAUGGUUAAAUUACACAUUUAGUCUUAAUAUUGUUGGUAUGAUUACUUAUUUUAUAACAUCAAAUAUACUUAUUGCCUAGUAACAGCUAUAGUUUGGGCCUCCAUAGAUAACUACAUUGGUGGCACAGAUUUUUGUGUAGGACCAGGUAAAGUUUACUUGAGUUGUUUGCCACCAGUGAGGUCACAGGGUACUUUCUGUUCAUCUUGCUGAGGAGUCUCAUACAAUAAAGGGAGUGGGGUUCGGAUUUGUUCUUCUGUGGCUGCAAGGGAAACCUCAGACCACGUGAAGCUUAAAGAAAGAGCACUAAGUUGAACCUUUAUACUCAAGAAAAGCUGUGGUUUUCUGACACACCAGGCUUUUUGUUACCAGCGAGGGGCAGGUUGUGCUCCUGUCCAGCAGGGCUUCAUGUCACAGGAGCUAAAGGAAAUCGGUACCGGAGGAUCAAAAUAGAAAAGAACUCCCACUCUUCCUGCCAAUCACUCAGGCUCACCCCUUUACAUUUCAUCUGAUCGCCUCAGAUCCUAAUGAGCAGUGUACGGCGAGGAAUUUAGCCUAGACUUUGUGGGUAACGAGUCGCUCUGGCCCUUCAUUCCUGCAUGGUCCCUAUUGGUGUUCCAGCCAGCAUGAGAACAAGGACACAAACUGUGAAUCAACUUUGUGUUUUUUAAAUAAAUUCCUCUGCAA